CGCGUUACUCCAAACAGGAAGUAACCCUGACAGAAACCCAAACACACGACCGGUGACAGUCAGCUACGGAGCACGCCUGUAUGUCUGCCGUUGCUAACUCAAUUAUUAUUAUUCCAUAAUCUUAUUAAUGAACAAUGUCCAGAAAGGCAAGGGCAAAGGAGGAGUAUCACCGGUUCUUUUCCGUGACCGAUACACGCACCCACGAGAAAGGACAUACGGAAUAUAAAGUUUUGGCGAGGUUUGUGUCAAAGAGAAGGCCUGAAGAUGUGAAAGAGGUGGUGGUGUGGAGAAGGUACUCCGAACUGAAGAAGCUGCACGGGGAGCUGGCCUACACCCACAGGAACCUCUUCAGACGACAAGAGGAGUUUCCCCCCUUCCCCCGCGCGCAGGUUUUUGGGCGGUUUGAUGAAGCUGUGAUUGAGGAGAGGAGGAAGGCUGCUGAGUCCAUGCUGCUUUUCACCACCAACAUCCCAGCACUGUACAACAGCCCUCAGCUCAAAGAGUUUUUCAGGGGUGGUGAGGUGACCAGGCCGCUGGAUCCCUCCUCCGUCUCCUCCUCCACCGUCCUCCCCGCGCCUCUCAUCCCCCUGCCCGAGGGCUCCCCUGCACUGCAGGCCGAGGAGGAGCAGGGCAGGGAGGCGCCCAUCCAGCCCCAGGAGCUGGACUCCAAUCUGGGCUCCGGGAUAGGCGAGCCCGAGGUCGGGGUGGAGGCGUACGGAGAGAUAGAGAGCGGUACGCUCCCGGCCUCCCCAGCCAAGGAAGUGGUGGAAAUGCGCACAGAGAGUCCGGAGAACAACGGCACAGAAGAACCACCACCUGCCAGGGAGGCCUCGCCCCCACCACCCGCCUUGACCGCAGAGAAGCCGGACGAUUCUCAGGAGGAAUUCGAUUUGCUCUUCGACUCGCCAGGGGAGGGGCCUGUUGACAACGCCCCGCCUCCCCUCUCUGACACUGACCUGGCCAUCUUUGACCCAUGUGCCAAAGAAGACCUACCCCACGGUUUGGUCGACAACGCCGAGCUUCUCUCCGUACCUGUGGCCAAUGAGAGCGGCGAAGCGGCCGGGGAGGCGGGAUACCUGGCCCAGGCGGCCAAUGAGCUGAACGCUGCCCUGGAGAGGGAGAAGGAUGGGGACUUCAGCACGGCCAUCCUGCAAUACAGAACAGCGGUCGAUAUUCUGAUCAAAGGUGUACACGGAGACCCAGACCCCCAGCGCAGGGACUCUGUGAAGAGGAGAACGGCUCAGUACCUGCAGCAUGCAGAGACGCUACUCAACCUGCACUCCCCCAAACACACUCCCACACACACUCAGGACCAGGACACAUAGAGCUGCUCCUCUCCAGACCCCACUUACGACCGUGGCACUCCAACACACACACACACUCACUCACCCACACACACACACACACACACACACACACUCUCUCUCUCACACACACACGUGUCUAGCUUUAAGCAAGAAGAGAAAAAUUUGUCACAUAUGUAUGUGAGAUUAAUCAGCUAGAUUAAUCAACGCCCAUUAAAUCAAGAUUACAAAGCCCCUAAACACACACACACACACAACAAGCUCACACAACUUGGACAUCUUUACACUCACAAGUCACUACACACACUUCAGAUUACGCUCUGCUCGUCCGCCAAAGUGCAUACACCCACACGAUGAUUCUCACACCCAUACACUCGCUGCCUCUCAAACACACCUACCAACACUCACCUCAUAUACUCAGUAACAUAAAUAUCACUAUGCAGGCACCGUUAAGCCCAAGUGACUAUUCCUUGUGCACAAAGAAAGACUUGAGUGGAAUCAGUACUUUAAAAACUGAAAACAUUUACUGUGACUUCCAUACUCUGAAAAUGCCUUACUAAGAGUGUCCUUCCAGCGUCUUAAUUUAUCUAAAUCUUAAUUUAUAUUCCCUUGUUAAAUUCCUAUACAUUGUGUAUAAUGGCAUUGUAAAUACGUUCUCGUCUCUGUGCUGUAAGGUAUUUUGUAAAUAAGAGAAGUAGACUGGAAUGAUCAGAGGCUUUGUACCGUGCUUGCUGUUACUUUAAUCUACCACAAGGUGUCUCUGUGGAACAAGUGCCUGUUUAGGCCAAAUUAGUUCAGUUGUGAUCAAGACAUCAAAAAUGGAUGAAUCCUCAGUGCCCUUCAAAUCUACACUUAAGAGAGUACUUAGACACCUGAGCUACUAUGCUGGCCCAGACAAAGUGGAUAGAUGGAAGGGUGGAUGGGUGGAUGGAGGCUGUUGAUAGGAGCGAUAACAGACCAUAGCCCGGGAGGGAAAAAAGCGAAAAGAGGUGAUUAGAGGAUAAGCAUGGAUGAUCUCUUCAUUGUCUGCAGAUGGAAAAAAAAAAUCCCCUCCCUUUUUUCCUCACCUCCCACUGUCUUUUUUUCUGUUUUGUUUUGUUUUUCAUGUAUGUGUGUGUGCUUACAUGUUUGUGUGUGUGUGUGUAUAUGUGCAUGAGAGAGAUGGAAAGAGUGCAGCCAGAGGAAGAUAAAAGAGUUUGGAAACUGAAA